AUGCUCAGCAAGCCAAUUGUUCUAGCCCUCCUGGGAUCCGCUUCCCUGGCGAGUGCUGCGAGGAAAUGCCCCGUUGCCGACGUUUCCGCCAUCGCCCAUACCGGCACACCGGUCGGCGAAGAGCUCUCCUAUAACGGACUCACCCAAUAUGUCUCGAAGCCCAAGGCAGGGUUUGUGGCCGGCAAUAAGACGACCGGUGUGCUGUACUUGACCGAUGUGUUUGGUAUUCAAUUGCCCGAAAACAAACUGCUCACCGACAGCUUCGCUCGUGCUGGCUAUGUCGCUGUCGCCCCGGACCUAUUCAACGGCAACCCGGCGCCGAACGACAUCAACAUACCUGGCUUCAACACAACCCAAUUUCUCGCACAGCAUGGCCCGAACGUAACCGACCCCAUCAUUGCCAAUUCUAUCAAGUAUCUCCGCGAGGAGCUUGGUGUCGAGAAAGUUGCCGUCACGGGAUACUGCUUUGGUGGUCGCUAUUCGUUCCGUGUCCUUGCUGAUGGCAAGGGUGCCCAAGUCGGCUUCGCUGCGCACCCGAGUUUGCUCACUGAUGACGAGAUUAAGGCAAUCACCGGCCCCGCCAGUGUCGCUGCUGCCGAGAAUGACAAUCUCAUGACUGCCGCUCGUCGCGCAGAAGUCGAGGCGCUCCUCGGCCAGACCGGACAGCCGUUUUCUGUAGCCCUGUAUGGUGGCACUUCCCACGGUUUCGCCGUUCGUGCGAACAUCUCGGACCCCAGACAGAAGUUCGGUAAAGAGGAAGCUUUCUUCCAAGCAGUGCGCUUCUUCGAUACCUGGGCUUGA